AUGUCCUUCGGCUCCAAAAAGUUCCGCGGCUCCGCCGAAUCCAACACCUUCGGCGCCCGCUACCGCGCCCUGAUGGCCAAGCGCCCCUUCCUCCUCUUCGGCCUCCCCUUUUUGACAGUCAUCAUUGGCGGCUCCUUCGUCCUCACGCCCGCCACCGCGAUCCGGUACGAGCGCCACGACCGCAAGGUCAGGACCAUGACGCGGGAUGAAGAGCUGGGUAUCGGGCAGCAGAGGAGGAAGGUGGACAUGAAGGAGGAGUACUACAGAUUGGCAGCGAAGGAUCUCGACGAUUGGGAGCAGAAGCGCGUCAAGAGGUUCAAGGGGGAGAGUGAUGGUAUUUUGUGA